AUGGAGAACUUAACUAAGACAGAGUUCAACACCUCGAAUUCGUACGUGUACCCAUACUCAACAACGUGGCUUGCGAUCGUUCCUCUCAUUAUUUCUCUCAUCAUUUUAGUGACAGUCGUCGGGAACCUGCUGGUAAUUUUGGCAUACAUUCAAGACCGCUGCAUCCGUUUGAAGGUAGCGAAUAUAUUCAUCCUGAACCUCGCGAUCACGGACUUCAUUGUCGGCGCAUUUAUGUGGCCCGUCACGAUCUCCUGGCUCAUUAAGGAUACGUGGGUCUACGGUGAGAUCAUUUGCAAAGUGUGGUUGAUAGUUGACUACACCGUAACGACAAUGUCCGCAAUAACCCUCUUGAUGAUAAGCUGGAACCGUUACUGCUUGUUCUCGUCGGCCGUCACGCAUCGGGUGUUUCAGACGAAGAAGGGAGUUGGGUUGAUGAUCCUAUCCACAUGGAUCUGCGUUAUUCUGGUCUACUCGUUCCUGGCGUUCGGCUUUAGUCCGUUUACAGGACAGUACACCAUUGACUACACGUUUAACUGCGAGCUUGAACUCACUUCCAAUGUUAUUGUUACCCUGAUCUCAAAUGUCAUGUUUGCAAUUUGCGGCCACAAGUGCGUGUCAUACCUGAACUGGGAGAUCACGAAUGCACUUGUGUGGGGUAACUCCAUGAUCAACCCUUUCAUUUAUGCAGCGACAAACAAGCACUUCCGUCGUAAAUUUCGAGAGAUGUUACUUUUCAAGAGAUGGGUUUGUGAUAUAAAGCACUGCAAAAUCACUCCAGGCUGA